AUGUCUACUGGUAAAGAAACAACAAAUAUCGAUCCUGGUCAAGAAAAUGACAAGAACGCUUCUUUGUCUUCUGAUUUUCAUUUAGAUGCUAAUAUGCACUACAUCGAAGCGAUUGGUAAAUGGACUUAUACGAGUGAAGACGGAGAAACUUUGCAAUUUGAUGAAGAUCAACAACAAUGGAUCAAAAUCGAAGAAGAUCUUUUGUUGAAACUUCAACAAUCUGCUUAUUCUGUACCUGGUGUUAACGAAAGUGAACCUGCUGUACCAUUAAAGCGAGGCAAACGGAAAAACGUUUAUACUUCUGAUAAUGUAAAUAUUUUCAAUACCAAUAUAUUCACCCCCUUUAUCAUACAAUUUUAUGUAACUGGCUUACCACCUGAUGUCACUGUUAAUGAAUUGGCUGAAGUAUUUUCAAAAUAUGGAGUUUUGAUGGAAGAUUUAAUUGCUGGAGGACCGAAAAUAAAACUUUACAAAGACGAUAAGGAUCGAUUAAAGGGAGACGCGCUUGUUACCUAUCUAAAAGAAGAAUCCGUUGCAUUGGCUUGUCAAUUGCUGGAUGAAACACAACUUCGUCCAGAUGAAGUUUCUAUAAUGCGUGUACAAAAAGCUCAAUUCAAAGAGAAAGAACCCAAGUCAGAUGUCAAUCAAAUUGAUAAUGCUAAUACCAAAAUUGAUAAGAAAAAGGUCCAUAAGAAAUUGCAACAACUCGAAAAGAAAUUGGAUUGGUAUGAAUCUGAACCUGGAAAAAAAGUUGAGAGAUAUAGUAAAAUAGUGAUUUUGAAGAAUAUGUUUACGUUAGAUGAAUUGGAGAAUGAUAUUAGUUUGAUCUUAGACUUAAAAGAAGAUAUUCGAAAUGAAUGUGAGAAGUUAGGAGAAGUUACCAAUGUGAUAUUAUACGACAAAGAACCAGAUGGUGUGGUAUCGGUAAAGUUUAAGGAUCAACUAAGUGCCGAUGCAUGCGUAGUGAAAAUGAAUGGACGAUUUUUUGCUGGUCGUCGUAUCGAAGCAGAAAUAUUUGAUGGCAAACAAAAAUUUCAAAAAACUGGAGCGAAAUCUGGUGAGACCGAAGAAGAGGAGUCUGCACGAUUAGAAAAAUAUUCUAAAUGGCUAGAACAAGAAGGAACUAUGAAAAUUAAAGAAAAUCAAUCGGAUUGA